AUGUAGCGUGACGUUUCUACCCUAACAAACACUCACGUCUUAACUCCGGUAUAGUUAACGGCUCUCCAAACCUCAAACUUAACGUCGUCUCAUUUCACCCCAAACCCUAACUCCGAUGGCAUCUUCCGACGACGACUUCCCGCUAAUCACCGCCACCACCGCCGACACAACCACCACCGGCCACCAGUCAAACCCUAAUUUUCACCGCCACCAGCUCGCCGCAACCGCUCACCUACUAUCCUCCCAAACAAAUCAGAUAACCGCACGGCCUCCGGCAGAAGCCACCGGCGAGGCGUACGGCGAGGGCGCUUACUGUUCACAACAGAUUACCGUGGCGGUUCCGUACGAUAACGACUCCGAUCCGACCAGAUCUAGAAUCAACGGUGCUCGUAACGACAAGUGGAACGAUCGAGAAGAACUUAGCGACGGAGGAACACCGUAUAACUAUAAAAAACCUAAAGUAUCCGGUUCGAAUUCUGCCGGAGAGUACAGGAAGGAUCGAGAAGAGUGGAGUGAUACAGCGAUUGCGUGUUUGUUAGAUGCGUAUUUAGAUAAGUUUGUACAGUUGAAUAGAGGCAAUUUGAGAGGUAGAGAUUGGGAAGAGGUGGCGGUGAGUGUGAGCGAGAGGUGCGAGAAGCAGACGAAGAGUGUUGAGCAGUGUAAGAACAAGGUGGAUAAUCUGAAGAAGCGGUAUAAGUUAGAGCGGCAUCGGAUGAUGAAUACAGUGAAUGCGAAUGGCGGAAAUGUUACUAGUCAUUGGCCUUGGUUUAAGAAGAUGGAGCAGAUUGUCGGGAAUUCGUUGCCGUUGAAGACGGUGUUAGGGGAGGAGAAUUCGGGUAGUGGAAUGAGUAGUCCUGGUAGACAGUCUAAUAAGAGAUACGCAACAGCAACAUCUAGUCCAAGUUGUCAAAUCGCAACUAUAAAGGCAAAGCCAGUAGCAAAUGCUAGAUGGAGGAGAGUUGUUUUUAAAAUUAGCGGUGCUUCUCUGGCUGGAACUGGUUCCCACAGUGCUGACCCAAAGGUGGCCAUGCUGAUUGCUAGAGAAGUAUCUAUGGCUUGCAAUGUUGGUGUUGAGGUGGCAAUAGUGGUUGGUGGGCGCAAUUUUUUUUGUGGAGACACAUGGGUUACAUCUACCGGUAUGGAUAGAAGCACCGCCUAUCAAAUUGGUAUGAUGGCAACUGUGAUGAAUUCCAUGUUAAUCCAGUCAGCAUUGGAGAAACUAGGCGUUCAGACACGUGUCCAGUCAGCUUUUUCUAUUCCAGAGGUUUUCGAACCGUACAGUAAGCAACGAGCAAUCCGGCAUCUAGAGAAAGGGCGCGUUGUUAUAUUUGGCGGUAUCGGUGCUGGCACAGGGAAUCCACUCUUCUCUACUGACACAGCUGCGGCUCUUAGAGCAUCUGAGAUUAACGCAGAUGCGUUUAUUAAAGGUACAAACGCUGACGGUGUAUAUGAAUGUGACUCCAUGAAUAAUGUUGCAUUUGAGCACAUUUCCUUUAGGGAGUUGGCUUCUAGAGGCGCAUCACCGAUGGACAUGAUGGCUGCAACAUUUUGUGAAGAAAACGGGAUUCCAGUUGUGAUAUUCAAUCUCCAUGAGCCUGGAAACAUAUCAAGAGCGUUGUCCGGAGAACAUGUUGGCACAUUAAUUGAUCAAACGGGAAGGAUUGACUAACCGUGUGUCUUCUGGUCUGGCUCACUUGCUGGACCACUAACGACAUUAGCGGUCUGCUUCUUGUAUUUGAUGUGUAAAUUAAUAUUAUUAUUAUUGUCUCUUCAUAGAUGUCUUAGUUAGAGUGUUGUAACAUCGGUAGUUAAAUCUUGGCUAUAGUUGGGGUCUUGUACGUGGAUUGUGAGUGAUGAUGCCGCCCAUAUUUUGUGCUUUGAUUGUCAAUCAACCACAGUUUUUAGUAUGACGUGUGUCUGUAUUAAUCGUUAUCCUAAUAUAUCGGCUCGAGUAGUUACAUGGGUUCAA